AUGUACUUUUUUGGCGUUCUGGUGCCUACAAAAAAUAUGAUCGAGCUGACCACAGGGUUUGCGGCGAUCGUCCUACCAGCAAAGCGAGAUGGAGAGAAAAAGGUUGGUACUAGGGUAUCGCAUCGCUCCUUGAUGCUCCCUUCGGCGCAGCACACAGUUGAGACCAAGGACUCGCCGGCGGACCCCCUAUGCCUGCUGGAGGACACCGACGAGUACGCUCCCUCGCCCGUCGCCGGCUUCCUCAAGGUGCUCGGCAACGGCGCUUCCGGGACGGUGUGGCUUCUCGGCACCGUCGGCGGCACCGUCGGUGGUGAUGCUGCUGCUGCUGCUGCGUGUGCGAGGACCGCUGGGAGUGCUGGCGGGGAGGCGUGCUGCGGCGGCUGCAUCGUGUGCGGCUCGGGCGAGCUCGGUAACAGGUGCCGCGGCGACCGCUGCUGCGCUGACGAGCGCUCUGCGAGCCGUGCUCCCGGGAGCAGCGCCCUCGCGCUCGGCGGCGGCAGCUGGACGCACGGUGGCCGCUUCGCACUCAAGGUCUCUUCGCGCGACGAGGGCGGCGAGGCCACCUGCAGCGACCCGCGGACGGAGGCGGAGCUCAUCACCCGCUCGCGGCACGACUUCAUCGUCCGCUCGUUUGGGUCGCACUUCGACGUGCGGAACGGCAAGACGUACCUGAUGACGGAGGCGUGCAUGGGCGGCGACCUCGGCUCGCUCCUCGCCCGCCUGCGCCGCGCGCAGGAGGGGUGUCCUCCGCCCGGAGGCUGCCGGCGGCGCGGCAGGCUGCCGGACGAGGUUGCGCGGACCUAUGCUGUCUGCGUCGUGUCUGCGAUCGGCUACCUGCACGAGCAGGGGGUGAUGUACCGCGACCUCAAGCCGGACAACCUCGUGGUCGACGGGCGCGGCCUGCUCAAGCUCGCGGCUUCGUCUCGCACGCUCUGCGGCACGCCCGAGUACCUGGCGCCAGAGAUGGUUGCGAUGCAGGGGCACGGGCCGCCAGUCGACUGGUGGGCUGUGGGCGUGCUUGUGUACGAGAUGACGCACGGACACACGCCCUUCUCCGACCGCGGCGCCGUCGACGACGUGCUGCAGCUCUACCGCAACAUCGGGAACCCCGCGUUCCGCGUCUGCUACGACGCGUCUCUCCCGCCGCCGCUCCUUUCUUUCGCCAAGCGGCUGCUGCGGCGCAACCCGGCGACCCGCCUCGGCUCGCCAGCGGACGGGGCGGCCGCCGGCUCGCAGGCCGUCCGCGCGCACGAGUGGCUGCGAGACGUGGCGUGGGAGGCGCCAGGGGCGUGGCGCCGCCUCGACCCGCUCUCGCUGCAGCCGACGACGCCUGGCGCGGCCGGAGAGGUGGGCGGCUGCAGCGAGGAGCAAGCCGAGCAGCAAGCCGAGGAGCAGGCUGAGGAGCUGAGCGGGAGGGGCACCGAGCGGGCGGUGCCGGUGCCGGUCCCGCAGCAGCAGCAGCCGCCGCCGGCGGUGGGGGGCGAAGAGGGGAGCGGCGAGGAGGGCAGCCCGCUCCGCCGCGCGCCAGGGCUGGCGCCGUCGCCAAAGCCGCGCAGCCCGCGCCGCAGAUCCCACGACUUGAGCCGGGGCCGGCACAGCGCCGCGCCUGCGCAGCGGCGGAGGCAGAGCCACGAUCUCGCCACGAGGUCUCCCUACUCGCUGAUGACGCGGAUGCUGCUGCUGCAGCAGGGGGGGUCGGCGCAGUGGGUCCGCAAGGCGUCGAGCCUCGCCGAGGAUUGCGAACGGCUGGUUGCCUUCACGGCCGGCUGGGCGAGCGACGGGCUGCUGGCGCAGGAGCAGCCCGUGCCUCUCGCCACGCCGACGUCGUGAGGAGAGGUGCGUUCGCGCGAGGUGGACUGUGUGGUUGUGCUUAUAUGGUGUGCCGCGGCGGGCGGUCAGAGUGUGUCGGUCUCGCGGACACCGGCUUGUGUGCAUGGCCGAGGGGGCGUGUGCGCUGUCGGCUGUCGCGUGCGCAUGGGUGAGGGUCGCGUUUUAGAUUUUAGCAUACCUCAUGCGAUUUUUUCAA